CAUACGCACCGACAAGCACAAAGAAGACGGCAACACAUUUGGGCUCUGACAGAUGGAUUACCCAAGAACAAGCACAGACCGCUUUAUCAGGGCAAUGUUCAAACAGCAUGAACCUGAGCUGUCCAGUUUAUCUUUAAAGGAACCCGAGAACACAAAGCUGGUGUAUACCAUGAGAGAUCUGCCUCCCAGAACAGGACACACGUUUCCUAGACGAGAGAUGCACGUGAUGGACAAGGACCUGGGCGGAAGAACUCGUUCCCACUCCCCUGACACACCAACUUUCAUGCGUCGAGUGAGAAGGAACCUGCAGGGCUCAGAACCAGACCUGCUGCACCGCUGUCACUUCACUUCCCAAAGCUCUCUAGAGUCUCCGCUUAGUCCUUCACGAGCUAAGAGCCCCUGGAGUAGACUAGAUCCUUAUGAUUCUCCUGAGGAUCAAGAUAAGGAAUAUGUUGGAUUUGCAACACUUCCCAGCCAAGUGCACAGGAAAUCUGUGAAAAAAGGCUUUGCCUUUACACUGAUGGUAGCCGGGGAGUCUGGCUUAGGAAAGUCCACAUUGGUCAACAGCCUUUUCCUAACAGAUGUCUACAAGGACAGGACACUGCUGAACGCUGAAGAAAGGAUCAGCAAAACAGUGGAAAUCACUAAACAUACCGUCGGUAUUGAAGAGAAAGGUGUGAAACUCAAGCUCACCAUUGUGGACACACCAGGCUUUGGAGAUGCUGUCAACAACACUGAAAGCUGGAAGCCGGUUUUGGAUUUUGUUGACCAUCAGUUUGAGAAGUACUUCAGGGACGAAAGUGGGUUGAACCGCAGGAACAUUCAGGACAACCGAGUCCAUUGCUGCCUCUAUUUCAUCUCACCAUAUGGCCAUGGCCUCAGGCCGGUAGACGUGGAGUUUAUGAGAGCUCUACAUGAGAAGGUCAACCUGGUGCCUGUGCUGGGUAAAGCAGACUGCCUCACACCACUGGAGCUGUCACAGAAGAAAACAAAGAUCCGAGAGGAAAUCCAGAGGUUCGGGAUCAACAUCUACCAGUUCCCUGAGUGUGACUCGGACACGGACGAUGACAUUAAAAUCCAAGAUCAAGACCUGAAAGAUAGCGUUCCCUUUGCUGUGGUCGGCAGUAACAUUCUUGUCGAAAUCAAAGGCAGGAGAGUCCGAGGCCGUGUGUAUCCUUGGGGUGUGGUCGAAGUGGAAAAUCCCGCCCACUCGGACUUCCUGAAGCUUAGGAACAUGCUGGUUCGUACCCACAUGCAGGACCUAAAGGACGUGACGCAGGAAACCCAUUAUGAGAACUACCGCUCUGAGUGCAUCCGGAACAUGACACGCAUGGUGGUCAGAGAGAGAAAGCUCAGUCUGUGUAAAUAUCUGAGAGAGAGCAGUACAGACUUACCUCUGGUGCCUCUGGACGACGAAACCGAGCGGCUCAUUUGGGAGAAAGACGAGGAGCUACUAAGAAUGCAAGAGAUGCUGCAAAGGAUCCAAGACCAAAUGCAGCAUGGAAACUGAAACAGACGGAGACAUAUCCAGUCAUUCAUUUGU